AAAUACUCUUGCUGGGGCCCGACGUGAUAUAGCGCAUCGUUAGGGUGGGCCGCUGUACGAACGUUAAUGACGCAGUUAUAAGUGAGAGCGAGAAAGAGAUAUCUUGACCGCACCCAGGUCGCGGUUCGGUACGGCCAUCUGUACACUCUUUUAGAAAGAACAAUUGAAAGAAAAGCAGAUUUCCGAACGCUUAAAAUUUGACAGUGGCAGCUUUCAUUGAUUGCGCUUUUUGUGCGAUAUGAUGCAUAAUUUCUCUUUUCUACUAUUUAAAUGCGAUAGACAAGCAAACUAAUCACAGUUCUGGCCAAACAAGAUCGUCAUGAAUGUGCAUAAUGUUGCCUCAAAUGAGGAUUCCUUGCUGGCCUGUAGAGCAUGUCUGGUUACCGAUUGUAAAUUGUACAAUAUUCACGAUUAUCAACUCGGUGGUGCCUUUGCUCGCAUCUCAGGUGUUCCUGUGCACAAAGAUGGGCUGCCGCAGCACCUCUGCAUCUUCUGCAGUGCGCAGGUGGCACGUUUUGAAGCCUUUCGUGAAAAGGUGCUCCGCUCACACUUUUGUAUGAGGGCGAAACUAUGCGAGAGAGAGUUGGAUACAAACACUAUCCGCACCAUCGACCGCACUCACUUCAAGCUCCUUAACAACCUAGCUUUCACAAAAGCACAGACCGUCGAGUGCGUAAACCUAAAAACCUCAGAAGACAUCAAAAACGAACCCAACGCAGACAUCGACGACACUAAAGAUAAUAUCGUCGAGAAAACUGAUCUGAAAGAAGAAGAAAACAAAAUCGAUGACAUAGAACUUGAUAAUGAUGACGGAGUUGAAGACAUAUUCAUCCUCACAGACGUCGAAGAUAUUAGAAAAAGAAAGAAAAGAGUAUCUGCUAAGAAAACAAUGAAACUUGAAAAAUUUGAUGAUGAGGAUGACGUCAAACUUGUAAAUUUUGCUAAAAAAAGACCGAAUAGGAAAAAGGAGAGUAAUCAAAAGAAGAAUGUUGUUAAAAAGAAAGAAUUAAAAACUAAAAAUACUGACCAUAAAGAUUUAAAACCAAAAGUAAAGAAGGAAAGGAAGCCAAAGGAGGAUAGUAAAAGGAAGUUUCGGAAUCCGGAAAAUGGUUACAUGCCGGUGUUUGACUUUGCUACGUUUGAGAAUGCUUUUGAAGUGCGUGUUGUUACUUUGAGCAAGGAAGACCAACUGGAGGAGAUCGCGACGCGCAAAGAGUCCGCCAACUACCUGGAGUCCCCGUUCCAGUGCCACGACUGCGGGAAAGGGUUCCUGGCCGAGGAGGCUUAUAACAACCACCAGCUGCGGCACAGCCCGAGUGCGGGCCCAUAUGCCUGCGAAAUCUGCAACGUUCGCUUCAACAUGCAAUGCCGUCGUCAGGAGCACCAAGACAUGCAUCGGCUCAAGUUCUUCUGCAAGAACUGCAGCUUCGUCUCCAGAAACAGGCAUCAAGCGAGGAGACAUUACGAUAUGCACGCGGGCAAAACCUUCGAGUGCAAACAUUGUGGGAAGAUGUUCAAUAAGAGUUCAACGUAUUUGUCGCACGUGCGUCUGGCGCAUCCAGACAUGCACGUGUCGUGCGACCUGUGUGGCGAGACGUUUGUCGGGCAAGCGGGGCUGAAACAGCACAAGGCCAAGAUGCACUCCAUAGCCGAGAACAUAAAACCGCAGAAAUUCGAGUGUGGCACCUGUUCAGCCACCUUCCUGAGCGUAGAGGCGCUGAACAGACACACGGACACGGCCGCCGAGCACGGCGACCUGCGGCCGUGCGAGCAGUGCGGCGAGAACUGUGCGAGCGAGGACGCGCUACGGGAACAUGUCAAAGAGACGCAUCCGAAGGAGACGUAUCGGUGUGAGGAGUGCAACAUGUCAUUCAAACGCGCGUCGGCCUACGACCUGCACCAUCGCCGCAAGCACCUCGGGCAGCGCUUCAGCGCCGCGGGCCGCCACGUGGUGCGCCGCACGCCCGGCCACUUCGUGUGCGAGCAGUGCGGCCGCGUGCUCACGGUGAGUGUGUGUGUAACAUCGACAUGUACCUACACACGACCUGCACACCGCUGCAAGCACCUCGGGCAGCGCUUCAGCGCCGCGGGCCGCCACGUGGUGCGCCGCACGCCCGGCCACUUCGUGUGCGAGCAGUGCGGCCGCGUGCUCACGGUGAGUGUGUGUGUAACAUCGACAUGUACCUACACACGACCUGCACACCGCUGCAAGCACCUCGGGCAGCGCUUCAGCGCCGCGGGCCGCCACGUGGUGCGCCGCACGCCCGGCCACUUCGUGUGCGAGCAGUGCGGCCGCGUGCUCACGGUGAGUGUGUGUGUAACAUCGACAUGUACCUACACACGACCUGCACACCGCUGCAAGCACCUCGGGCAGCGCUUCAGCGCCGCGGGCCGCCACGUGGUGCGCCGCACGCCCGGCCACUUCGUGUGCGAGCAGUGCGGCCGCGUGCUCACGGUGAGUGUGUGUGUAACAUCGACAUGUACCUACACACGACCUGCACACCGCUGCAAGCACCUCGGGCAGCGCUUCAGCGCCGCGGGCCGCCACGUGGUGCGCCGCACGCCCGGCCACUUCGUGUGCGAGCAGUGCGGCCGCGUGCUCACGGUGAGUGUGUGUGUAACAUCGACAUGUACCUACACACGACCUGCACACCGCUGCAAGCACCUCGGGCAGCGCUUCAGCGCCGCGGGCCGCCACGUGGUGCGCCGCACGCCCGGCCACUUCGUGUGCGAGCAGUGCGGCCGCGUGCUCACGGUGAGUGUGUGUGUAACAUCGACAUGUACCUACACACGACCUGCACACCGCUGCAAGCACCUCGGGCAGCGCUUCAGCGCCGCGGGCCGCCACGUGGUGCGCCGCACGCCCGGCCACUUCGUGUGCGAGCAGUGCGGCCGCGUGCUCACGGUGAGUGUGUGUGUAACAUCGACAUGUACCUACACACGACCUGCACACCGCUGCAAGCACCUCGGGCAGCGCUUCAGCGCCGCGGGCCGCCACGUGGUGCGCCGCACGCCCGGCCACUUCGUGUGCGAGCAGUGCGGCCGCGUGCUCACGGUGAGUGUGUGUGUAACAUCGACAUGUACCUACACACGACCUGCACACCGCUGCAAGCACCUCGGGCAGCGCUUCAGCGCCGCGGGCCGCCACGUGGUGCGCCGCACGCCCGGCCACUUCGUGUGCGAGCAGUGCGGCCGCGUGCUCACGGUGAGUGUGUGUGUAACAUCGACAUGUACCUACACACGACCUGCACACCGCUGCAAGCACCUCGGGCAGCGCUUCAGCGCCGCGGGCCGCCACGUGGUGCGCCGCACGCCCGGCCACUUCGUGUGCGAGCAGUGCGGCCGCGUGCUCACGGUGAGUGUGUGUGUAACAUCGACAUGUACCUACACACGACCUGCACACCGCUGCAAGCACCUCGGGCAGCGCUUCAGCGCCGCGGGCCGCCACGUGGUGCGCCGCACGCCCGGCCACUUCGUGUGCGAGCAGUGCGGCCGCGUGCUCACGGUGAGUGUGUGUGUAACAUCGACAUGUACCUACACACGACCUGCACACCGCUGCAAGCACCUCGGGCAGCGCUUCAGCGCCGCGGGCCGCCACGUGGUGCGCCGCACGCCCGGCCACUUCGUGUGCGAGCAGUGCGGCCGCGUGCUCACGUCCCGCCAAGGGCUACGCUACCACCUGCGGGACCACAAGGGCCUCAACCUGAAGCUGUUCACGUGCCCCGAGUGCAACAAGACUUUCGCCGCGAAGCAUAUGAGAGAUUGGCACAUGAGGUCACACACGGGCGAGAAGCCGUACCAGUGCCCCGAGUGCCCGCUCGCCUUCAGCCUCAAUAGCAACUUCAAACGGCACCACAAGGCGGUACACCUCGGGCAGCGUAAAAGCAUCCCGUGCAACAUCUGCGGGCGCGUGUUCACGACGACGUCGUGCGUGCGCGUGCACGUCAACGCCGUGCACCGCGGCAUGCCGUGGCCCAAGCGCAACCGCGCGCGCGCCAAGCACGACCAAAAGUCGCCGCUACACAACAAAUAAUUUAUAUAUUAUUAUACUUACUAAAA